AUGUCACCUUGUAAUACUGCUUUCAAGUGCCGACAACACCUGAAUACAAAAAAAGACUAUUUUCUAUGUUUACGCGGUGAAACGCUUUGUGACGGUAAUGAGGACUGUGACGGAGGGGAAGAUGAGGAAAUUUGCGGUAAAGUUUUUUUAAUGUUUGUGGAGAAAAGUUUAAAAGGCUCCUGUAAAAAAACCUUCCAGAAGUUGAUUUUCAUAUUGUUAAAAUACAUUUCUAAUUAUCUUAAGGAACGGUGCACAGCUGAUGAAUACGCCUGCAGUCAAACAAGCAUGUGUAUUCCGUACGAAUUCAAAUGUGACGGCGACAAACACUGUCAGAACGGAGACGAUGAAAGUGAGUGUGGUGGUGAAUGCAACAAUGGCGCAGUUUGGUGCCCGAACAGUAAUUCUUGUCUUCCGAAGUGGAAGAAGUGUAACGGGGUUUGGGACUGCGCUAACGGAGAAGAUGAAAAAAACUGUUCCUGUAGGGAGUGCUGCGGAACAAACAGGGCGCUUUGUGCAGGGUCUAACAUUUGCAUUUCACGGGAGCGCAUCUGUGACGGCUAUCAUGACUGUCCGGAUAGUGCAGAUGAAGAACACUGUCCUGGCAUUUGCAAAAAAUCAAUCGAUACUGUCUUAUGUUCGGAUGGGCGCCGUUACAGUGAACGUAUUGCUUGCUCAGGGAUUUUGAAAGCGUGUGAUGGGAAAUGUGAACAGUGCAACGAGUUACACGCAUUUACUUGCCAGAUUGGAAGGAAGAUAAAAUGCAUAUCUCAGUCAGAGGUUUGCGAUGGAAAGCGAGAUUGUCCAGACGGCAGUGAUGAAGCCGAUUGUGAUGAAAGAAGAGAUCGACGUUUAUGUAACGGAGUUCACGACUGUAUGGAUAAGGACGACGAAAUGAAUUGCCGUAGUUGUUCCAACAAUGGCUUUUACUGUGCUGGCACGCGAACUUGCUUAACAGAGUUUCAGCGUUGUGAUGGUGUGAUCGACUGUACAGAUGCUUCGGAUGAGAUCGGCUGCACAUGCAGUGACUGCGCUUAUCGUUCUCCACCUUUGUUCAAGUGCGCUAAUUCUGGCAGGUGUGUUAAGUAUGAUGAAGUUUGCCAAGUUUGUUUAAACCAGACCCAAAGGGAGAAAGCGUUCUGUGCUCUCCGUUCACUGUUGUCGCCAUCCUUUCGUAUAAUAUGA